UAGUUUAGGGCUUGACCCUUUUCCUUUCUUAAAUUACAGGCGGGGAUUCCCUGUUUACUGGUAAGAACUUAAACCCUAAACCCUAAUCAUGGGCACCGCAACAGAGAACGAGAGCAUGGAUUCCGAAGGCACAUCAACACAAGAGGAGACCUUCACAAAGGUUUCAGUAUGGGAUUUGCCGGACUUGCCAAAGGGGAAGUUGCCUCCUCACAUUGAGCUUCAGAGGACUCGCGUUCUCUGUGGUUCUUUAGCUCCUACUAAUACAGAGAAUGUAAAUUAUUCAGGUGCUUAUGCGGCUAUGGGUGUUGAUAACAGUGUACGGUUUGAGCAAUUUCGUGAUAAUUUCAAAGUGGAAAUUGUGAGACUUGAGGAGGAUGAAUUGGAGUUUGAUAUGAUUGGUAUUGAUCCUUCUCUUGCCAAUGCAUUUCGCAGAAUUCUUAUUGCUGAGCUCCCAACCAUGGCUAUUGAAAAAGUUCUUAUUGCAAACAAUACGUCCAUCAUCCAAGAUGAAGUGCUCGCUCAUAGGCUUGGUCUCAUCCCAAUUAAAGUCGAUCCAAGGCUGUUUGAGUAUAUGUCAGAAAAUGAUGUCCCUAAUGAAAAGAAUACAAUUGUUUUCAAACUCCAUGUCCGUUGUACAAAAGGCAGUGGUCGACUUAGAGUCUUGUCUAGUGAGCUGAAGUGGUUACCAAAUGGCAGUGAAUUGAUUCUAGGAACAGAACAUUCAGCAUCAAGUUCGAGUGCGAAACCAAAAACUUAUACUUCAUUCAGCUGUAGUCAGGAUACUCGACCAGAAUUCUCGGACGACCCAAUUGCCCCAAAAGAUGCAGAUAUUAUUGUAGCCAAACUUGGACCGGGUCAGGAAAUUGAGCUAGAAGCUCAUGCUGUUAAAGGAAUGGGUAAGACACAUGCAAAGUGGUCUCCUGUGGCUACGGCGUGGUACAGGAUGCUUCCCGAGGUUUUAUUAUUGCGGGAUAUUGAAGAUGAUGAAGCAGAAGCACUUGUGAAGAAGUGUCCGGUUAAGGUGUUUGACAUCGAAGAUAUUGGUAAAGGUAAAAGGAGGGCAACUGUUGUUCGACCAAGGGCUUGCACUCUCUGUAGGGAAUGCAUCAGAGAGGAAGGUUGGGACAAGAAUGUAGCACUGAGACGUGUAAAUGAUCAUUUCAUCUUUACCAUAGAAUCAACCGGAGCUUUGCCACCUGAGGUGCUGUUUACAGAAGCUGUAAAGAUUUUAGAAGAAAAAUGUGAACGGGUGAUAACCGAGCUGUCAUGAUCAGUCCUAAAGGGUAGUUAGAUAGGUUAUCCUUUCCAGAAAGCCAAAGCAAGAGUUCAGCUUCGUUUCUCGUGUGUAUGAUAGACUCGUGUGGUCCAGCCCUUCCCCGGACCCUAGCACAUAGCGGGAGCUUUAGUGCAUCAGGCUGCCCCUUUGUGAUAGUCAUUCUCUUUUCUCCUACAUUCAUAUUUCGAAAGUUUUGUUUGUCAAUUGUCUUGGGACACAUUAUAGACGGGAAUAUGAUUGUAUUCCUGAUUCUGCUGUCUUCGGGAGCACAAGUACAGGAACAUGUUAAUUUAAAUGUUUAAUUGGCAGAGGAUUUUAUAGUUCCUCUUGCUUUUUUUUUGCUCGUUGGAAGAGAAUUGGAAAAAAGAUUGUUACGAGGA